UGUUGUUCGCUGACACGCAAAUGGUUAUUCGCCCUUGUUGCUGUAUUCUACCUGACGCUUAAACAAUUAUUUGCUUAGCUUAAGGGCGUGCACACACCGGCUGCAGCACGCGAGGCAGACUAGUCAAGGUUUCUACGAAGUAAACACUCGAUCUAGUCAUUCUUGCAUAGUCUAUGACACUUGAACCUACAGUACACUAGGAUGGGCUCAGAACGAGGACGGCAGGGGCAGACAUGACCAGGAGCGUGCACUAGUAGCGGCGGCUUGGAUGAAGAUGCCGCUUGAACGAGUUAGUAUAGGAGGUGCUGCUAUGCUGCCCUCAACGCGACAACGGCGGCAAGAGCGGCGAACUUCCGUAGUGGAUGGCGUCGCCUCGCCACACCACCGCAACCUGGUGGCGUAUUUCCUCAGCACAGAGGUCGCGAAGGACAUCGCGGGCAUCGUGGUCGUGACCGGAGCGCUGCUGGUGUAUGGACUGUUGCAGGAGCGCAUCGUCACUAUCGGCUUCGGUCAGGAGAAGGAGGUCUUUAGCCACAGCAUCUUCCUGGUCCUGUGUAACCGGCUCGUGACGGUGGCCCUGGCGCUGCUGUACCUGGUGUGCAGCGGCACCACCACCGCGCCCGCGGCGCCGCUGAAGAGCUACGCGUCCGUGUCGCUCACAAACGUGAUCGCCACGGCGUGUCAGUACGAGGCGUUGCAGUACGUGUCAUUCGCUGUGCAGACGCUGGCCAAGAGCGCCAAGGCGCUGCCUGUGAUGCUGUGGAGCACGCUGUACAUGCGCAAGCGGUUCAAGCUGUCGGAGUACCUGCACGCCUUCUGCAUCACGCUGGGCUGCUCCGUAUUCAUACUCACCGGACAUGUCCGAAGUAGGGUGGCGGACCGGGCGCUGGCUCGGGCGGCGGUGGUGGUGGAGGGCACGGGCAUGGGCGUGGACGGCGACGCGGCAUUGGUGCUAAUGGGCGGCGGCCUGAUGCUGCUGUACCUGUUUGUGGACGGGCUGACGUCCACGUGGCAGGACUCGAUGUUCCGGGGCUACCCCGUCAGCGUGGCGGAUCAGGUGCUGUACACCACGUCGUUCUCCAUGGGCCUGUCCCUCGUCGGCUGCAUCGCCACACACCAGCUGCUGCCGCCGCUCUACUUCCUCGCCCGCAACCCGGAGGCCAUCGCCUGGAUCCUGGCGCUGUCCGCCGCGAGCGCUCUGGUGCAGCUGGUGAUCAGCUGGACCAUCAAGCGCUACGGCGCGGUGGUGUUCGCCACCAUCAUGACCACGCGCCAGUUCUUCAGCAUCCUGUUGAGCAGUGUGGUGUUCCUAACGCCGCUCACGCUGGGCCAGUGGGCGGGCACGCUGCUGGUGUUCGGGGCCAUCUACGCCAAGGCCGCACAAAAGUUUGCCGAGCACCGGCAACACGUGCACGCCACGGAGGCCAAGCAGCACGAGGACGACGGGCCGGAUACGCCGACCAAGUCGGCGCUUGUGGACCACAAGUCCGCACCCAUCACCGAACACAGCGUCCACAAGUCGCCGCUGCACCGGGACACACACGGGCAUGUUAGCAGCCAUAACCCGGGCAUGGCCGCCCACCACUCGCUGUCUUCGGAGCUGAAGACGCCGCUGCUCGAACGGCACCACCGGGAAGGCGGGAGAAUGGCGAGCGGCGGCGGGGGCGCGCCGGACGCACACGUGCACGCACACGGUCACAAGGACGGCGACGAGCACGUAUAGCGCUGUGGGGUCAGGUGGAAGGUAGUCAUAGGAAACUCAAUUCUACGGGUGUGCGGACGCUUGGUCGCGGUGGCCGCGUCUCCACAUGCCGACCCAGUAUAACGUGUUGGGGCUGCGACUAGACAGGUGAUCACGCGGGAGGGGGCGUGACAGGGCUAGGGCACAGCUUCCCACAUAGAAGGCAUGCAUUAUGCAGUAGUGCUGAGCUCAGUCAGGGGUCUGGCGCCUGGCGCGUAGGAAGGGCGGCAGAGGCAGCGAACUAGUGUGUGGCGCUUGGUGGACCCACGCGAUGAUUCCUGUGUGGCGCUCGGAUGAAACAGACAGUUGGUCAAUCUUGUUUGUGGGGUUGUCUGCAAUUUGCCUGUGUGUGUGUGGCCUGUGUAUCGCAAUUUAUGACCGGGGAAUCCGCUAGCGCUGCUGGUCCAUGACAGAUCGGGCUGGUCCUCAAGAAAUCAAUGCGGGUUUCAGUAUGCUGACAUUGCUCAUGCGGCUUGGUACCGUGUAGCGGCUUGGUGGCAAAAGGUGGGUUCCGAUGGCUUGAGAUUGAAGUGAGAGACACUGGCACGGCGGGGGCAUCUAAGGUGUCGAAACACUGUCCGAGAUACGGUGGUGGCAGGGGGCACCUCUGGGUGCUGCCAUCUGCAACACACAAGCUUUCAGUCUGCAUAUCCAGUAUUCGCUUCUCUAGCGCCUUGUACUUGCAUACCAGUGGCAACGGCGUUAUAAAAUCCCAUUUGCUCCACUGGGCUUCU